AUGAAAAACACUGCUGAACGGGAGUUGAUAGUCGAAGGUCCUUCAGCAGGCCCCGAUUCAAUGUUUACGGGGUCUACGAAGUCGUCAAGGACACAGAAUUUAGUUGUUAAUAGACAACAAUGUCUCAACCCUAUUCUUAUAGAUACUUUUUUAAGAAAAUCAAGAGCUGCAGUCGACAGUGUCGUAGAUUUAAGACUAAAUCAUCUUUCGAACUCGCAAAGUAAUGUGCUUGACUCCAUGUGUUCUCAAUAUGCGCAGAUGGAGCUGAUACCAGCUUGGGAGACACGAAACCAAGUGAUUGACUUCUGUGCAACAGAAGCCUCUUCUUUAAAAAAAGAGUUAGCACCAAUAAAUCCUAGUUGCACUCCAGAGCAGAAUUUAAACGACCUUGUUCGUUUAAAUCCGUACGCAGCUGACGAACAAGCUAAUAAAUUACGACGUCAUUACCAAGACUUGACGAACUUAGAAUCAUGGAUAAAUAAUCAAAGAACAAUUGAAAAAGUGCUAAGAUCUAAGACGCUAAGAAGUCUCAGCGAUGUAUGUGAACCUACAGCCAGACAAAUUGAUGACUUCUUUAAAGCCAGCAAAGGGUUUUGA